GAAUCACGACGGACAACGCCUCAAAUAUGAUUGCGAUGGGGCGUAUUCUUAAAGAUAAAAUAAAUGACGAGUUUAAUAACCAAAAUCUACAACAUUUUCGUUGUGGUGCACAUGUUCUUAAUAUUAUCGUUGAAGAGGGAAUUAAAUCAAUCA